AUGAGUCCGUCGGCCCAGAAAAAGAAGGGAGAGGGGGCAUUGCCAGAGGUCGGCCUCCAGCCUUCAGAAGGGAAGAAGGCCUGCGUGGAGAAGGUCCUACUGUGGUCCAUCCUGACCCGUGACCCCUGGGCCCAGGCCAGGCUACUCAGCACAGCAGUUAGUGCGGGCCUGAGAUUGUGCUCUCCCCGUGAUGAGGAUGCAGCUCCGCAUACUCUACCACCCAGCGGCCUGCCUGCUCCUGCGGGGUCAGCCUCCCCCUUCAAGCCAACUCCCGCCUUGCUCCCAAGGCCUGCAGUAAAGAAAGGCCUGCGCAGCGAAGCCACAGAAGGCCAGGGCCUAGAACAUUUGGAGAGCUCCGGGAGCGCUUCCAGGGGAGCCCCCUCCCCCCGAGCCGGUGCCUGGGCUGGGAGGGGGGCCGCCCCCCGGCCAGCGCCUCGCAGCGCCUGCGCACGCUCCCUCGGGCGUCCUCCCCGCCCCGCCCCAGGCCCGAGCGAGGCGCCGCGGGAGGAAUUCCAGCCAUUUCCUCUGCGCCGCGCGGUAUGUGGCCUGCUCGCUGCCCGACCGCAGCGCAGCCCGGAGGUGGGGGCCGGGCGGCGCGGGCCAGUCACCAGCCGUGUCAGGCAGCUGCCCGGCCCUCGCUCCCCUGCUCGGGAUUCCCGGCCAGCCGUCCCUCGUCCCGGGCCACCAAAGGCCUUUCCAGCAGCCCGGGCCUGUGCGGUGCCCCCGGGCUCGGCUCCUCCCCGCGCGGCCGCCACCGCCGGCUCCUUCUCCCCGCCCCGCGCGGCCGCCCUCCCGCCUUCUGUGUCCCCGUUGCGCCCCCUCCCCGGGCCGCCGCCGACCCUUGGGACUCCCCCUGAAUCCGAGUUUGAAACUGAAGUUGGCACUUGCUGCGUCACCUUCAGGACACUUGGCUGUCCCCCAGAGUUCCCUGCUGCCUGGCAGGCUUCCCAAGCAAAGUGUGAUUUUUCUCUCACAUCCUGGAUCCUGGGCCUGGAGGAAUUUUUAAAAGCAAGUCCCAGACACAGUGUCAUUAAUACUGCAGCAUGCAUCUCUAACCAGCAAGGACUUUGUUUUUGACAUAACCUUUAUUAGCCACUAAGUAAAAAAUGGUUUAUUUAGGAACUAUUGAUAUUGGUUAGGCAUUUAGUAUUUGGUGCAAGAUAUUACAGUAGGAUUCUUUACAGUUUAUUUCAUGAAAUCUCAGCUCAGCAGAGAACCGCGUUGGAAAUUCACAAGCUCCCCAGGAGAAAGAAAUGCCCUGGCCUGGAGAACGUUACUAUUUGCAUUUUACUCAUGAAGAAAACUGCUCAGCCAACUCAGGGUAAGCUGUGGAGAGGCUGCAGUCCAGGAGAUAGCAAAGCUUGGAACAAGAGGCUUGUCGGAGCCUGACUUGCUCCAUCCCCCCUGGAUAUUCAGGGUAUUAGAAGGGCAUUGCUUCCUCAUCUGAAAACUGGCUUCUUUUUUUUUUUUAACUACCUAACACCUACUUGAAUUUACAUUGUCAACAUAGAAACAUGCAGUCUUCUUGAGAAGGUAACACCUUAAAAAAGCAGAAGAGUUUUGACAAAUCCACUUUAUUUAUCAGGCACAUAGGCAUGGAGAGCACGGGGAAUGUUGCUUCAUGCAAAAGCAAUCUCAGCAUAAGUAUUUCUUUUUCUUUUUCUUCUUCUUCUUUUUUUUUCUUUUUUUUUAGAUUUUUAUUUAUUUAUUUGACAGAGAGAGAAACAGCCAGUGAGAAAGAGAACACAAGCAGGGGGAGUGGGAGAG